AUGUACGUCGUUCCAUACGAGUGCCACGAGGCUGCUCUUCUCCCCUCACCUGCGCACCCUAGUGACACCUGCGCACCCUACAGUGUCACCUAUACACCCUACAGUGCGACCUGCGCACCCUACAGUGCCACCUGCGCACCCUACAGUGCCACCUGUGCACCCUACAGUGCCACCGGUGCACCCUACAGUGCCACCGGUGCACCCUACAGUGCCACCUGCGCACCCUACAGUGCUACCUGCGCACCCUACAGUGCCACCUGCGCAGCCUACAGUGCCACCUGCGCAGCCUACAGUGCCACCUAUACACCCUACAGUGCCACCUGCGCACCCUACAGUGCCACCUGCGCACCCUACAGUGCCACCUGUACACCCUACAGUGCCACCUGUACACCCUACAGUGCCACCUGCGCACCCUACAGUGCCACCGGUGCACCCUACAGUGCCACCUGCGCACCCUACAGUGCCACCUGCGCACCCUACAGUGCCACCUGCGCACCCUACAGUGCUACCUGCGCACCCUACAGUGCCACCUGCGCAGCCUACAGUGCCACCUGCGCAGCCUACAGUGCCACCUGCGCAGCCUACAGUGCCACCUAUACACCCUACAGUGCCACCUAUACACCCUACAGUGCCACCUGCGCACCCUACAGUGCCACCUGUACACCCUACAGUGCCACCUGUACACCCUACAGUGCCACCGGUGCACCCUACAGUGCCACCUGCGCACCCUACAGUGCCACUUGCGCACCCUACAGUGCCACCUGCGCACCCUACAGUGCCACCUGCGCACCCUACAGUGCCACCUGCGCACCCUACAGUGCCACCUGCGCACCCUACAGUGCCACCUGCGCACCCUACAGUGCCACCUGCGCACCCUACAGUGCCACCUGCGCACCCUACAGUGCCACCUGCGCACCCUAA